UGAUUAGGUGUAUAUAAUAAGCGAUUUGGAUGGUUUAUUUGGUUUUUGAAAUUGCUGCUCUGCUACUACUACUGCUUGUUGACUAGGUGAGUUAGAUAGUUUUCAAUGGCGAAUAGAGUCGGAUCGUUUUCGCAGACAAAUAAUGUAUCCUCUGAAGGAAACGGAAGGGAUGAUCUGUAUAUGGAGUUAUGGAAGUUAUGUGCCGGACCACUGGUUGAGGUUCCUCGAGCUGAAGAGAGGGUUUACUAUUUUCCUCAAGGGCAUAUGGAACAGUUGGAAGCGUCCACGAAUCAGGAGUUGAAUCAGAGGAUUCCGUUGUUUAAUCUUCCAUCGAAGAUUCUUUGCCGUGUUGUUCAUAUUCAGAUGCUGGCUGAACAAGAAACUGAUGAAGUUUAUGCACAAUUAACUUUGUUGCCGGAACCAAAUAAUCAACCUGAGCCAACAACUCCUGAUGAAUGCCCUCCUGAGCCUCAAAGACCUACCGUGUACUCAUUCUGCAAGGUUUUAACAGCCUCAGAUACAAGCACCCAUGGAGGCUUUUCUGUUCUUCGAAAACAUGCCACUGAAUGCCUUCCUCCACUGGACAUGAACCAGGCAACGCCAACCCAGGAAUUGGUUGCAAAGGAUCUUCAUGGUUACGAGUGGCGCUUUAAGCAUAUAUUCAGAGGCCAACCAAGGAGGCAUUUGCUGACAACAGGAUGGAGUACAUUUGUAACUUCAAAGCGAUUAGUCGCUGGUGAUUCCUUUGUGUUCCUGAGAGGAGAGAGUGGGGAGCUUCGUGUCGGAGUUAGGCGUGUAGCUCACCAACUGAGCAGCAUGCCGUCAUCAGUCAUAUCAAGUCAGAAUAUGCACUUAGGAGUGCUUGCAACUGCAUCUCAUGCUGUUUUAACUCAGUCCCUCUUUGUUGUCUACUAUAAGCCAAGGACAAGUCAGUUCAUCAUCGGGUUGAACAAAUAUUUAGAUGCCCUUAAUAAUAAGUUUGUAGUUGGCAUGAGAUUUAAGAUGAGGUUUGAAGGGGAAGAUUCUCCUGAGAGAAGGUUUUCUGCAACAAUUGUUGGGGUUGAAGAUUUUUCUCCUCACUGGAAAGAUUCAAAAUGGCGUUCAUUGAAGGUACAAUGGGAUGAGCCUGCCUCUAUUCAGAGGCCUGACAGGGUUUCACCAUGGGAGAUAGAACCCUUUGUUGCUCCAAUUCCACCAGCUCUGGCUCAACCGAAUGCAGCUAAGAACAAACGGCCUCGACCGCCCACUGAAAAUCCUGCUCUAUAUAUGUCAACAACAGCAUCAGCUCCUUGGAAUUCUGGAGUGAUGCAUUCCCAUGAUCCAACUCAGCGUAACAUUUCUGCUGAAGCUAAAAGAAAUGAAGGAAGCUGGCUGUCUUCUGGCAUGAGUGUUUCUCAGCAUCUGUUUCCUGAUGCAAGAGAGGAUAGCAAAAGUGUCUCUGGUUGGCCUCUUCUUUCAGGCUUUUCAAAUCCACAACUGAAGGAUGAUUUAACCUUUGAUCCAAUUGAAAAGUUAAAGAAAUCUGAGACAGCAGCUAGUUGUCGAUUGUUUGGUAUUGAACUGAUAAACCACUCUGUGGGCUCAACAACUCCAGUGGAGAGGACAUCCACACAACUUUCUAAGGUGACUGCUGGUACAACUGAAGGACAUGGUCCAACUAUUCUGUCGUCACCCACUGAUUCUGACCAGAAACCUGACAAUUCAAAAGAUUCUAAAGAGAAGCAACAGGAACAGUUACAGGUAUCGGCAAAAGAGAUCCAGAGCAGGCAAAGUCCUAAUUCUACAAGAAGUCGUACUAAGGUUCAGAUGCACGGAGUUGCUGUUGGUCGUGCUGUUGACUUGACCAUGUUGGCAGGAUAUGAUCAGCUUAUAGAUGAAUUAGAGGAGAUGUUUGAUAUUAAGGGAGAGCUUCACCCAAGGAAUAAGUGGGAGAUCGUCUACACUGAUGAUGAAGGGGAUAUGAUGCUUGUAGGCGAUGACCCAUGGCCGGAAUUUUGUAAUAUGGUAAGAAGGAUUUUUAUCUGUUCAAGCCAGGAUGUGAAAAAGAUGACCACAGGAAGCAAACUUCCCAUGUCUAUUAUUGAAAGUGAAGGGACUGAUUGACUCGGAUUAAAGUAGCAACUUUUUUCCCCCUCUUUUCCCCAUUCAGUACCUGUUGUUUGUUUUUUGUUGUUGUUGUUGCCAGUGGGAGCCUUUGUCUUUAACUUUUCAACUUAUGAGUCAAGGGACACUGAUCACUAGCUCGUUUUUUGGAGCUGUCUACCAUAGGAGACUAAAAUACAUCUCCUGGAUUUGAAGAACCAAGACUUGUUCGUGAAUUAGUAUGGGUUAGAGGCUAGGGCUAGGAUCAUGUGAAUACUUGUUGUGGUGGGUGGUGUUUCUAGUCUUUUGGUUUCCUCUGCUUGUAAAUAUAUAAAUGUGUCGCAUUUUAGUUUCCUUUAGUUGUUAGCCUCUGUGGGUCGGUCUUCGUUGGUGAUUAGCCCCUUUUAUCUGACUAGAAGAUAGCCUGGAUUAGGAUAUGAAGCAGUGAGCUGAUUGAGGAUGUCAAAUCCUUUGUAAAUUUUCAUUGCUUUGCGAAACUUUAGACCUUUUAUU